AUGGAGCUGCGGGGCGUGGAUUUGCCUCCCGGACACCCCUUCAGGUACCGCGUGGCGACGGUUGACGCCGCGGCAGCAGUGGUCGUCGCCGCGGCAGCGGUGUGGUCGCCAUGGCAGGCAGCCCAUGUGCCGGGGAGCAACGAUGAGGAGACCCGCCUCCUGGUGCUGGGCGACAUGGGGCUGUACAACGCCCCCGCGCUGCCUGCCCUGAUUCAGGAUGCUGAGUCGGCGGCCCAGGCCGGCGCCCCCUUCCAUGCCGCCCUGCACGUCGGCGACCUGGCCUACGACCUGCACUCCUAUGGAGGGUCCCGCGGGUCGCGCUUUCUGGAAGCCGUGCAACCCCUCGCCGCCUCCCUGCCCUACAUGGUGGCUCCCGGGAACCACGAGGCCGGGCCACACAACUUCACUCACUACAGGUCACUGUUCCGCAUGCCGGACCAGGGGGUGACGGAGAACCUGUACUACUCCUUUGAUGUGGGACUGGUGCAUGUCAUGGUAUACAACACAGUGUAUGGGCACAUCCAUGACUAUGAGCGCUACCUCCCCGUCCUGAACUACACGGUGAGCGGCAGCGUCGAGCGUCGAGCAGACAAUGCUACCGUGUAUGUGUCGCCUGGCGCCACCGUGCACAUCACGGCAGGGGGCGCCGGCAACAGCGAAAUGCGGAAGGGGGAGUGCCCUCCACCCCAGGGGGCCUGCAGUCCCCACGCCACAUGGUGCGCUUUCCAGUCCGGGUUCGCGCCGCGGGGAUGCCAGGGCGCAGACCACAGCUAUGGGAGGCUCACUGCGCUCAACUCCACACAUCUCCAUUGGGUCCAGUGGAGUCACACGUUUGACCGCGUGGUGGAUGACUGGUGGAUCGUGAGCCCCAGCCAUGGGCCCUUUGCGUAA